AUGGAAGACAAAAACAACUUACUGCUCUUCAAAAUCAGUGUACUAGAAAGGGACACAACACAGAAGGUAUGUUCAAAUUCUUCACAUGUAAAGAUAACGAAACGGAUCGCAAACAAACCGGAAUUAAAAUCUUUAUCGGGAAACGCACAAAAAAAGUCACCUGAUGCUACAUUACCGCCUGAGGACGUGAAAGCCGGUUCAACGACCCCAUGCAGAUUAAUCAACAAAUCAGCUGUUAACCGAAACAUCAACAUAUCGAAUUCCGCCAACCUGGUUCAUAGUAUCAAUGAAAAAGAUGCGAAUGUGGAUCAGGGACGGCCAAGAUGUGUCAGAGGAACAAGACAAACUACUGGAAGACAAAAUUGUUUUUCUAGUAGUAAACAGAGGGUGUGGCUCCACAUUGGCAAGGUUGAGGUGGGUACCACCCCAGAUAUGAUAUUGGACCACCUUAAGGAUCAGUUCCCGGAAAGAAAAUUUAUUGUAGAGGCUCUUCCAGUGAAGCCUGAAGCUACUAGCGUAUCUUUCAAAGUGGGCGGAGAUCGUGAUCUUAUUGAGGAUCUGUACAGUGGUGACAAUUGGCCAAGUGGAAUUACUGAUUUGCUGAGUAGGGUUAAUUUCGGAAAUUUAAAUGUGGCCAGCUCCUUUUGUCGCAAUACAUCAAGACAUGGAGGUGCUGCAGUGUUUGUGAGUAAAGAGAUACAAUGCCGAGAGUUGCUUAACAUAACAAAGUAUUCCGUGGAGAAAGAAAUUGAGAUAGCGGCUAUUAGACUACCAGUACUAAGAGUUGUUUUAGUGGCAUUGUAUAGGCCCCCAUCAGGGGACUAUUCAACAUUUCUGUCGGCUCUUGAGUUUGUUCUGGAGGAGUGUCUCAGGAGCCACGGCGAUGAUAGAGUUUUGUUAGUCGGUGAUUUUAAUAUAGAUUUCAUCCGGACUUCAACAGAAAAAACUAAAUUGAUUGAAACGUUCAACAUGUACGGUAUGAGAUAUGUUUUCACAGAGCCAUCGAGAGUGACAAAACAUUCGAGCACUUGCAUAGAUAAUAUGAUUACGAAUAUAUCAGAGAGCGACUGUAAACAGGAAACUUGUGAGCCUUUUUUGUCGGAUCAUAAGGCACAAAUCCUGAGAAUACCAACUGCAAAAAUGAAGCCUGAAAAUACAAAAUAUAGAAUCAGAAGGCAAUUCACCAACAAAAAUACCCAUCGUUUCAUAGAGGGAAUCAGAUCUAUAAAUUGGAGAUUAAUCUGGAAUGAAAACGCUGGGGUGCAGUAUAGUAAUUUCCACGACACUCUUACUGGUCUUUUCAACUCAUCCUUUCCUGAAAAAAAGGUUAAGGUUGGACAAAGAAAGAAGUACAUCUGCCAUAGAAAUUUGAAGAAUUUAAAGAGAAGAGUAGAAGCGGCACAAACUAUUGCAGAAGUGCGUAAAGAUGAGCCCAGUUAUGCACUUUAUAACACGCUGAAAACAACAUUGAAAAAAGAAAUACAAAAAACAGUGAAAUCAAAGCACUCAAAAAGAAUAAUUAACGCAGAGAAUAAAUUUAAAGCAAUGUGGAAUUUGAUACGUGAAGAAACAGGAAAACAGCGAAAAUGUCAGGUAGUCUCACACACAAAGGCAGCUGAAGAAGUAAAUGACUAUUUUAUAUCUGUUGGCGAGGACAUACAGAGAGGGGUCCGACCAUCUUUGGAUAAUUCCGGCAUCUUGAUGAAAAAUCUCAGAAAAAUGAAUACCGUAAACUCUAUGUAUCUGAAGCCGACAACAGAGGAAGAAAUAAUGAAGAUAACAAAAAAGUUAAAAAACAAACAAACAAGAGAUUUCUACGGCAUUUCAGUAGCGCUUCUCAAGCAAAUUGUUCCACACAUGAAACAACCAUUGUGUAAAAUAAUCAACGAUUGCUUCGAACAAGAAACCUUUUCACAGGAACUCAAGGUCGCCGUGAUAACACCCAUACCGAAAGGAGGGCCAACGGAGGAACUUUCGAACUAUCGGCCAAUUUCUGUCCUGCCAGCAUUCUCGAAGCUGUUCGAGCUGCUCCUGAAAGAACGAUUGGUGUGUUUUCUUGAGAGCAAUAACCUUGUCCAUGAAUCACAGCAUGGUUUUCGAAGAAGUAAGUCAACUGUUUCAGCAAUGUUGGAUGUAAUGGAUACUAUAAUUGAAGCGUACAAUAACAGUGAAGAAGUGGAGUUGGCGUCUAUAGAUUUGAGCAAGGCUUUUGACAGCGUUUGCCAUAGAAUCCUACUCAACAAACUAGAGUAUUAUGGAAUAAGAGGAAAAGCUCUUAACAUGUUCUCUUCCUACCUAACAAAGAGGUCUCAGGUGGUGAGGUGGAAUGGCACAGUGUCUGGCUAG